CCGCGACCUCGAUUUCCACGUCUGCCAUCCUCUCUUCUACCGUUCGGGUCUUUCAAAAGUGAUUACCGCGUGACAAGAAAGCGACUAUCCUCUGUUUUGCUUUUUUUUAUGCGAAGCCUUGCAUCCCCACCACGAGGCAACGUCUGCAGCCUCGUUUUAGAAAAAACCCGUCGUAGGCAGUAAAAUUCCCAUCAUAUCACACAUCGAACUACUAUGUUAUCCCCACCAUCAGGAGUCGCUGACACUAACACAUAGCCGUGCGUCCGUGUGUACAAACGCUACAGGUUGCAGCUGCUCGAUAAAAAUUCUUUCACUGCCUCCUUCGUAAAACUUCUUUCACGAAAAGGGCUCUUUGUCUGGUUAAGGUAAACGACGCAACAGAUUUUUCCUGGUUCACGUUCGCUCGAAUGCUUUGAAUUUGGACGGUAUUAAAGGGAAUAAUUUUUCCUUGCUUUUUUCGGCAGGCAUAUGAAAAUAUUUAAAUGGUGAAUGAGAUCAUCGUUGUGGAGAAGGCAGAGUCUGUUUCUACUGAUAGUCCAUUGGGAGAUCAUCAUCGUUUAUUUUAAAGCGUCCUUCGAUCCCCGGUCGGAUUUUCAAAGAAAUAAAGCGUGACACGAAAGUUUUUAGAAUUUCUCUGCGAAUGGUCCUCGCUCCUUGAAAAGUGCGUGCAGAUGACGCUACGAUGUACGACCAUUGUGAGUAAUCAGGGCCAAUAGGAGAACGUGUUACAUCGAAUUCAAUAGUUCCCAACCUCUAACGUGAUCCACGAUUGGCCUCUCGUAAUUUUCCAAGUAACAUCGGGCCACCCGCCAUAACGAACGUAGCGUGGUACGAGCGAUUGUUUGAAUGAACGUGUUUCAAACGUAAUUGCUAAAUAUUUCUAAUUAAUACGAAUUUCAGCUUAGCACAGAAAGUGCACACGGGACAGUUGGAUGCACAGGAACUUAAUGUGGACAGUUUGAAGCUAUGGAGAUCGCGCAGAAGCUGCAUUUUGAGGCAUGCGACAUUCAGGACGAGGAGUUGAACAUCAGCUGUCGCACGAACAGCUCUGGUUGUGAUGUUGAUGAUAUUUUAGAUUCUUCGGCCGAGGAUCUUGGAUGUUCACCUCCGCUACAACCAAGGAAAUUGUCGUUUAGUAAUACCAUGGACUGUAGUGACAGUGAAAGUAAUCAAACCGUGCUAAUCAAUAACAACAAAACUCCAGUCAGCAACAUCACAGGUACAUCUAGAAUUAGGAUUCCCCCUCGUGAGAAUGUAAACUCACAAAAAAUGUCAAUGGCAUGUAGUCCACCUUACAAGCGUGUUCGAGCCUUGCGUUUAUUCGACUCCCCUGCAACUCCCAAAACCUUAAUGGAGAAAAGCGCAAUGCAUACUCCAUUUCCUUCUAAAUGUACUAGACUAUUCUCGUUAGACAAACCAAGACCCUGUAAUUACCAAAACAAAACUGACAAACCUGCAGCGAAUGUAAAUCCUUUUACACCGAACGGAAUGCUGUUAACUGCAAGAAAGCGGACUAGAUCCAAGCGUAGUCUUAAUGGCUCACCUGAUAUACAAAUUCCAAAAUUUGAUCUCGCCGAUUCUGACGACUCGGAUAACGAGGUAGAACAAGCAACGAAACGUGUAGCGUUACAGGACUCUAAUAUUCCCAGAUACCAUCAAGAGUUCCAUGAACUUGGAUUGAUCGGUACAGGGGAAUUUGGUUCGGUUUACAAGUGUAUAAACCGACUGGAUGGAUGCACUUAUGCCAUUAAAAAAAGUAUUAAACCUGUCGCUGGAAGUAUUAACGAGAAAAACGCUCUGAACGAAGUUUAUGCGCACGCUGUGCUCGGCAAACAUCAACAUGUAGUUCGAUACUACUCAGCCUGGGCGGAGGAUAAUCAUAUGAUUAUUCAGAACGAAUAUUGCAAUGGCGGUAGUCUAGCGGAUGCCAUUGCUAACUUACUAAAGGAGAACAAACAUUUCACCGAGGCAGAAAUGCGACAACUUUUACUACAUGUUGCUGAAGGCUUGAGAUAUAUUCAUAGUAUGCAGUUAGUUCAUAUGGACAUCAAACCUGGGAACAUUUUCAUCUCGAAAGAGAAAAGGCUACUCGCGGUUAAUUACGACUCUGCGGACGACGGAUUCGACGAAGAAGAGACCGUUGAAGAAGAAAUUACGUAUAAGAUAGGAGAUUUAGGUCACGUUACGUCUGUUAACAAUCCCCAGGUCGAAGAAGGAGAUUGUAGAUAUUUACCAACCGAAAUUUUACGAGAAGACUUCAGUCACUUGCCGAAAGCUGACAUUUUUGCACUGGGUUUAACUGUUUAUGAAGCAGGUGGUGGAGGUCCAUUGCCAAAAAAUGGACCAGAGUGGCACGAUAUCAGGAAUGGAAACUUGAAAGAAUUGCCACAGUAUAGUCGUGACCUUAAUGAAUUGCUUAAACUAAUGAUUCAUACGAACCCGGAAAUGAGACCUUCGGCAGUGUGCCUCAUUCAACAUAGAGUACUAUGUCCAUUCGGAAAUAAAACAAAGGCUCAACUUCGGCGAGAACUUAACGCAGAGAAGCUGAAAAAUGAAAUUUUGUCGAAACAGCUUCAAGAAGCAGCGAAGUGCUUGAAAACUAUAGCACCAAAUGUAGCAGCCAUUAAUGGUUCACUAAACGCUGGCGGAGGCUAUAAGUUGAGACCAACGCCAACCAGAACAUCAACUCGGGUUGUGGGUAAAAAGGUUAAUCGAAGUAAUAGCACUACGAAUUUUUGAACGUAUUGUGUUACAUUUUCCGGACUAAACGAGGGACAAGGAGGAGUAAAGGUGCUUAAGGAAUACAUGAUUCUUUUAAGUGCCUUGUCAUUGUGAUAUGAAUUAACAUUAGUAUAUAAGUAAAAAUAUUGAACGAUAUUUGAUGAUACGGGAACGCAAAAAUGAUAUGCAGAGUGAAAUUGCAUGAGUCAUGGGUAAACUUUCUUGCCACGAUGAAGGUACUGUAUUGCUAAAACAACCGUGAGCCUUGAACAGGUAACUUUACAAUUAAUUACAUCUCAUAUUGCAUUUGCUAUUUAAAAUUCAUAGAUGGAUAAUACAGUAAUUUGAUACUGUUACUCUGUGUAUAUUAUGUUUGAUGUUUUUUAUGCGAGAUAGGAAGUAGAUACUAAAAAGUGUAAAAAGUCUACUUCUUUAUCAAUGCAAGAAUACUUUUACCUGCAUAGAUACCUAUGUGCCUUAAAUGUUCUUGUUAUAAACUUCUUUUUUACUUUCUUCAUACGAUUUCAUUAUAUACAUGUACAUUUUGCAAUGUUUCCUCUUUGUUGUUCUAUCAACAGUAUUAUGAGAAGAGGCGUAUUAAAAAGAAGUAUGAAAGUAAAUACUUUUAACGUCGGUUAUUAGUUAAUAAUUUGACACAUCAUCGUGUGAUACUUGUUUCUUUCGAUUCUUAUUUGAGAAUCGCUGUAGCGAAUAAUCGGAAAUACUAACCAGUAGACUGCAACAAAUUAUUUGUUACAAAUACAUCGUAUUUUUAUAUAUAUAGAUAUUUACAUAUAAUAAUAACUCAGUGUUGUAUAUCGUCUAGUAGUUAAUUGCUGGUACGUCUGUAUUAUCCAUCGUUUGUUAUCAGGUUCUUGUCGAAACGUUUAGUUCAUUAACUUCUUUUUCUUCGUUCGUAUUAAAAUCUAUCAUGACCAGAUGAAAGACUGCCAUUUUAAACGUGUGAGUUAGAUUUUAUACUGUUUUGCAACAUGAAUUUCAUAAUAGAUUUUAAAGUCGUAUAGCUUUGAAUACAAUAACGGAAAGUAUUGAUAUUAUACACUACCUGCAUGUACAAUAUAAAUUCUUAGUAAUGUAAAAAAAUACUCGCAUUUUAGUACUGAGAUUGAUAGCUAACAUUAUUAGAUCUUCAUCCGAGCAUACUUCCUAGCCCUAAAAGUUAAAAUUUCACUCUGUGUAUACUUUCUACAAAAAAAAAACUAACUACUCUUACAGAUCCCAACUGAUUAAAGAGUGACCCAUUGAACGUAAAAUGUUUUAAGUUUAAAUUAUUUUUAUACUAUUUUUUUAUAGUCCUAUAUUAUCUUUGGCAUGCUCUAGAAUUCGUAUUAUACAAUUUUCUUUCGUGUUUUUAUUAUAUAUAAUGAAUAAAUACUGAUGUAUAGUAAUCCGCGUUCCUAGGAUAGAUGGUACUACUACGAUUAGGUGUCCCUUGUUUUACUUACUAAUAUCAAAUUUUCAAAGAAGUGCAUUAGAUUUCAGUUAUCAAAUAUGUAUUCAAUCUCAAAAGUAUUGCAUAUUGGACGAACAAUUCAUAACGUUUUUUUACUUAGUUUUCUUUUUGUAACAGAAUUUGUUUCUCAAUCAGGAAUGUCUAAAUAGUUUAUCGGCACAUUGUGAAGGUUUGUAUCAAAUGAACGCAUUUCGUGAAUAUUCUUGUUCCUCGGUGAAGCUUCGGUUAGACGCUUUACAUGUAAAAUUAUUCACUUUAUAGCUAAUAAAAAGGAAUCAAAGUUCUUGUACCUUAAUUUAACAUUCUCUAGUGUCACUGAGCAUGCUAAUAUGUGAUCUUUUAUAUAUUUGCAUUACUAAAACAUUUCGAUAUUUAUAUUAUAAAAGAAAAAAGAAAAAAAAAGAAAAAAUAUAUAGCAUGUGUAAUGCGAUGCAUUACAGUUUAGAGAGUGAACAAUCGAACAGAAAAUCUGGGUAAUAUUUUUUUUCUUAAUAUCAUUAGUAUUUUGUUGUAGUUUGUGCGUUACAAACUACGUCUUUAUUUUU